GAGACGCUGUCGUCGACGCCGCCAGAGCCGGCGUUUCUGCCGCUGCUCGCGGCCCCCUAACCCCUUCACCCGCCCGCGGCCGUUAGUCGACCCUCCCGCCGAGCUCCACCGGGCGCUGCAAGGCCCCCGGCGUUGCAAGGCCGGUCGCGGCCCCGACGCCGCGCCGCCUUUCGCCGAGCCCGACUGUCUAGACUCGCGACUCUGCGCUGUCUUCUUUCCCAGGACUGGUUCCGAGGGGCCCGCAGGCGCGCAGUCUCGUCCCCCGCUGGAGCGCCCCGGCCGGGCCAGGGAGCGGCCUCUUGUAGACGUUCGAGGAGCCUGCCGAGUGCCGUCCCGGCGCCCGACCGCCCACCGAUAGGCCCGCCGGCCCGCUUCUUCCUGAUGCAGACUGCCGUCCACUAGAGGCUGGACAGGACCCCCGAGGUGAUUCAUGGCAGGGGACGUGGAAGGAUUCUGUUCCUCCAUCCAUGACACAAGUGUCUCUGCUGGGUUCAGAGCACUGUAUGAGGAGGGAUUGCUUCUUGAUGUCACUCUGGUUAUUGAAGACCAUCAGUUCCAGGCCCAUAAAGCACUCUUGGCCACCCAGAGUGAUUACUUCAGAAUUAUGUUUACUGCAGACAUGAGGGAACGAGAUCAGGACAAAAUUCAUUUAAAAGGUCUUACUGCUACUGGUUUCAGCCACGUCCUUCAAUUUAUGUACUAUGGAACUAUAGAACUGAGUAUGAAUACUGUUCAUGAGAUUCUUCAGGCUGCCAUGUAUGUUCAACUUAUAGAAGUGGUGAAGUUCUGCUGCUCUUUUCUAUUAGCAAAAAUCUGCUUAGAAAAUUGUGCAGAAAUUAUGAGACUCUUAGAUGAUUUUGGUGUAAACAUCGAGGGAGUGAGGGAGAAGUUGGACGCCUUUCUGCUAGACAACUUUGUGCCACUCAUGUCCAGGCCUGACUUCCUGUCCUAUCUGAGCUUUGAGAAGCUCAUGUCUUAUUUGGAUAAUGAUCAUCUGAGCAGGUUCCCAGAGAUAGAACUGUACGAGGCUGUGCAGUCUUGGCUGCGGCAUGAUAGAAGACGCUGGAGACAUACCGAUACCAUCAUUCAGAACAUCAGGUUUUGUUUGAUGACCCCAUCCAGUGUUUUUGAGAAGGUUAAAACAUCAGAAUUUUAUAGAUACUCCCGACAGCUGCGCUACGAAGUUGACCAAGCAUUGAAUUACUUUCAGAACGUUCACCAGCAGCCUUUGUUGGACAUGAAAUCAAGCCGCAUCCGUUCUGCCAAACCUCAAACUACAGUAUUCCGAGGAAUGAUUGGACAUAGCAUGGUUAACAGUAAAAUACUUCUCUUAAAGAAACCAAGAAUCUGGUGGGAACUGGAGGGCCCACAAGUACCUCUACGGCCAGACUGCCUUGCUAUCGUCAAUAACUUUGUGUUCCUGUUAGGUGGGGAAGAACUAGGCCCGGAUGGCGAGUUCCAUGCUUCUUCCAAAGUGUUCAGGUAUGACCCAAGACAAAACUCUUGGCUGCGAAUGGCAGACAUGUCUGUACCACGUUCAGAAUUUGCAGUUGGUGUGAUUGGGAAGUUCAUCUAUGCUGUAGCAGGCAGAACCAGAGAUGAGACUUUCUAUUCAACAGAGAGAUAUGACAUUACCAAUGAUAAGUGGGAAUUUGUGGAUCCUUAUCCAGUUAACAAAUACGGACAUGAAGGGACAGUGCUCAAUAACAAAUUGUUCAUCACUGGUGGAAUCACCUCAUCUUCCACCUCCAAACAAGUGUGCGUGUUUGACCCUAGUAAAGAAGGGACCAUAGAACAACGAACCAGGAGAACUCAAGUAGUUACCAACUGUUGGGAGAAUAAGAGCAAGAUGAAUUACGCGAGAUGCUUUCACAAGAUGAUCUCUUACAAUGGCAAGCUUUAUGUCUUCGGUGGUGUCUGUGUGAUUUUGAGGGCUUCUUUUGAAUCUCAGGGAUGCCCUUCCACAGAAGUGUACAACCCAGAGACUGAUCAGUGGACCAUCUUGGCAUCCAUGCCGAUUGGUAGAAGUGGUCAUGGUGUGACUGUGCUGGACAAACAAAUAAUGGUUCUUGGAGGCCUUUGUUAUAACGGUCAUUACAGCGAUUCCAUUCUCACUUUUGAUCCGGAUGAAAACAAAUGGAAGGAAGAUGAGUACCCUCGGAUGCCCUGCAAGCUGGAUGGUUUACAAGUAUGCAACCUGCAUUUUCCGGACUAUGUACUGGACGAGGUCAGACGUUGCAACUAAUGACAUCUUUCUCCCCUGAAAAAAAACAAACAAAUCAUUUGUUUGUAAGAAAGUAGUUAAAGAAAAACCUCACCAGUUCUACUAUCAAAGCCAUUGGUCUAAUAUUGUAAGAAUUUUUCAUUCUUUGCUAGCAUCUUCUUUUUUUUUCU